UAUUUAAAUUACUACAUUGGCGACGAGGAUGUACUAAAGAUUGAUCUAGAGCAAGAAAUUAUGAGCCACGACAAGGAGAAAAAAGGUUCUAGCUCUGAGACGAACGCGAGCGUAAAUAAUAUAAGCGUGACCAACCGCCAACUCAACGUGAGACCAUUUCAGAUCAACGAAAAUCGCACUGAAACUGCUUCAGGAUGGGAGAAAUGGCUACGGAAUAUCGAAAGACAGUUUCGCUACUUUGGGAUCACAGACCCAGAGAUGAAGAAAGACGGUUUAAUCAUUUACGGCGGUCAAAUAAUCGCAGCUUUAGAAGACACACUUCUCGACGCUACAGGCGACGAAGCCGGUGAAGAUGCCUAUGUACAACUCAUAAUCAAACUCAACAAACAUUUUCUACCAAAGAAGAACAAAGAUUUUGCUAGAUUUCAGUUCGGAAAUCUUAAGCAAAACCACGGUUAA